AUGGGCAACCGAGGGAUGGAAGAGCUGAUCCCGCUGGUCAACAAGCUGCAGGAUGCCUUCAGUUCCAUCGGCCAGAGCUGCCACCUGGACCUGCCGCAGAUCGCCGUGGUGGGCGGCCAGAGCGCCGGCAAGAGCUCUGUGCUCGAGAACUUCGUGGGCCGGGACUUCCUUCCCCGAGGUUCAGGAAUCGUCACUCGGCGGCCUCUCAUCCUGCAGCUCAUCUUCUCAAAAACAGAAUAUGCCGAGUUUUUGCACUGCAAGUCCAGAAAGUUUACAGACUUUGAGGAAGUCCGACAGGAGAUCGAAGCGGAGACUGACAGGGUCACGGGGACCAACAAAGGCAUCUCCCCAGUGCCCAUUAACCUGCGGGUCUACUCGCCACACGUGUUGAACCUGACCCUCAUCGACCUCCCAGGCAUCACCAAGGUGCCCGUGGGGGACCAGCCCCAGGAUAUCGAGUACCAGAUCAAGGACAUGAUCUUGCAGUUCAUCAGCCGGGAGAGCAGCCUCAUCCUUGCCGUCACCCCUGCCAACAUGGACCUGGCCAACUCAGACGCCCUCAAGCUGGCCAAGGAGGUCGAUCCUCAAGGCCUGCGGACCAUCGGCGUCAUCACCAAACUCGACCUGAUGGAUGAAGGCACAGAUGCCAGGGACGUCCUGGAGAACAAGCUACUCCCCUUGAGAAGAGGCUACAUUGGAGUGGUCAACCGCAGCCAGAAGGAUAUUGAGGGCAAGAAGGACAUCCGCACAGCGCUGGCAGCUGAGAGGAAGUUUUUCCUCUCCCACCCAGCCUACCGGCACAUAGCUGACCGCAUGGGAACCCCGCACCUGCAGAAGACUCUGAAUCAGCAACUGACCAACCACAUCCGGGAAUCGCUGCCGGCCCUGCGCAGCAAGCUGCAGAGCCAGCUGCUGUCCCUGGAGAAGGAGGUGGAGGAGUACAAGAACUUCCGGCCCGAUGACCCCACACGCAAGACCAAAGCUCUGCUGCAGAUGGUCCAGCAGUUUGGGGUGGACUUUGAGAAGAGGAUCGAGGGCUCUGGAGACCAAGUGGACACACUGGAGCUCUCCGGGGGUGCCCGGAUUAAUCGCAUCUUCCACGAGCGAUUUCCCUUCGAGCUGGUGAAGAUGGAGUUCGACGAGAAAGACUUAAGACGGGAGAUCAGCUAUGCCAUUAAAAAUAUCCACGGAGUCAGGACCGGGCUCUUCACCCCGGACUUGGCAUUCGAGGCCAUUGUGAAAAAGCAGGUCGUCAAGCUGAAAGAGCCCUGUCUGAAAUGUGUCGACCUGGUUAUCCAGGAGCUAAUCAAUACAGUUAGGCAGUGUACCAGUAAGCUCAGCUCCUACCCCCGAUUGCGAGAGGAAACAGAACGAAUCGUCACCACUUAUAUCCGGGAACGGGAGGGGAGGACCAAGGACCAGAUUCUUCUUCUGAUUGACAUCGAGCAGUCCUACAUCAACACCAACCACGAAGACUUCAUUGGAUUUGCCAACGCCCAGCAGAGGAGCACACAGCUGAAUAAGAAGAGAGCCGUCCCCAAUCAGGUGAUCCGCAGGGGCUGGCUAACCAUCAACAACAUCAGCCUGAUGAAGGGCGGCUCCAAAGAGUACUGGUUCGUGCUGACGGCUGAGUCACUGUCCUGGUACAAGGACGAGGAGGAGAAAGAGAAGAAGUACAUGCUGCCUCUGGACAACCUCAAAAUCCGUGACGUGGAGAAGGGCUUCAUGUCCAACAAGCACGUCUUCGCCAUCUUCAACACAGAGCAGAGGAAUGUCUACAAGGACCUGCGGCAGAUCGAGCUGGCCUGUGACUCCCAGGAGGACGUGGACAGCUGGAAGGCCUCAUUCCUUCGAGCUGGGGUCUACCCAGAGAAGGACCAGGCCGAAAACGAGGACGGAGCCCAGGAGAACACCUUCUCCAUGGACCCGCAGUUGGAGCGGCAGGUGGAAACCAUUCGCAACCUGGUGGAUUCGUACGUGGCCAUAAUCAACAAGUCCAUCCGUGACCUCAUGCCAAAGACCAUCAUGCACCUCAUGAUCAACAACACGAAGGCCUUCAUCCACCAUGAGCUGCUGGCCUACCUAUACUCGUCGGCGGACCAGAGCAGCCUCAUGGAAGAGUCGGCCGACCAGGCCCAGCGGCGGGACGACAUGCUGCGCAUGUACCACGCGCUCAAGGAGGCGCUCAACAUCAUUGGGGACAUCAGCACCAGCACUGUGUCCACGCCCGUGCCCCCACCCGUUGAUGACACCUGGAUCCAGACCACCAGCAGCCACAGCCCCACUCCGCAGCGUCGGCCAGUAUCCAGCGUGCACCCCCCAGGCCGGCCCCCAGCAGUGAGGGGUCCCACCCCGGGGCCACCCCUGAUUCCUGUGCCCGUGGGGGCAGCUUCCUUCUCAGCGCCCCCGAUCCCGUCCCGGCCCGGCCCCCACCCUGGCGUGUUUGCCAACAACGACCCCUUCUCGGCCCCACCUCAGAUCCCAUCUCGGCCGGCUCGGAUUCCACCCGGCAUUCCCCCUGGAGUGCCCAGCAGAAGACCCCCUGCUGCACCCAGCCGGCCCACCAUUAUCCGCCCAGCCGAGCCAUCUCUGCUCGACUAG